AUGAAAGGAAUCUUAUUAAGCGGAAAUGAUUCUGGUUAUGCUCUAAGGGAGCAUAUAAUGACACCUGUAGAUAAUGCUGUUGAGAACUCUCCAGAGGGAAGGUACAAUUACCUCCAAAAACUCAUAGAACGCACAUUUGGUGUAUUGAAGGGUCGAUGGAGAUGUCUUUUGGCAGCUAGAGAACUCCAUUACUGCCCAGAAACAGCAGAGGAACACAAAUCGGAGAGAACCAGGCAGGUUCCCUUUGAAACAGCCGCAUCUUCUACUCAAGCUCUACAGGCAGGUCGAAGGGCAAGGAAUUCAUUAAUACAAAUGUUAGAAAAGAACCGGAGAUAA